AUGCGCCUCCCUCUACAGAAGACGUUCUAUUUCAUUGGUGUGGGCUCGGCAGUCAUUUGGGGCGCAGGAACAUAUCGGGCCCUCAAUUUAUGGCGCACAAUCAGCUCGACAACUUACCCUGGGCCUCAAGCCCAAGAUCGAGAACAAGAUGAAAUAACAAUGCGGCAACUAGCUGUCGAAAGACUUCAGCAGAAGGGCGACGAGAAGAGCCUCAAGCUAGCAGCAUUCUACAAGGCGCAAAUAGCGUUACUGCCACCUCAAUCAGACCGGAGACUAGCGACAGAGCGUGCUGUGAUGAUAUUCCGCAAGGGGCGGUGGGCCAAUGCUGAUACUUUCGCGGCGGCUGAACAGGAGCGUGGAGAUGGGGGUUCGCAAGGUCGGGGAACUGUGAAAGACGACAACGAUCCUAACGUUCGACGUAAGAGCUUUGAUGUUAGUGCUGGACCUUUCAGCCUUGCUGGAUCGGCUUCGAUAUCUACCAGAGGUUCGGAUGAUAGAGUAACGAGGGAUACGGGAAAGCAGGAGGAGAAGAAGAAGAAGAGGCCAAAUGAUUCACCACUGUCGAACGAAGCUUGGGAGCAAGAGAUAGCAGAGAUGGAAGCGCAAGAACGGAGGGAGAAGAGAAAAUUGAUACAGGAAUACCAGUCACAACUGCGUGAUCCUGCUGAUAGAAAGAACGAUUAA